UUUGCCCUUGUUCUCAUCACUCGUGGAAACGCGAAACUGCGUCUCUCCGAAACAACCCCCCCAACACGUAAUUCUCCUCCUCCUCCGAAACCAGACCGAACCCACCUCCCGAUUCCUUUGACUUCCUCAGAUCCGCCCCUCUUUUUACGUAAAACCGAGCUCUUCUUCCGGUUUUCUGUCCUAAAGUCGUGAUUUUUCGCUUCUUUGUCGUGGUUACUGCAAGUGGUUUGGUUCUCGAAUCAGUUCUUGGUUGAAUGCUGCUGCGGAGAUAACAGAGAGGAGGUUCUCUUUUGUUCGGAGAGAGAGAGGGAGAGAGGAGUCAUGGUUGGUCAGGCCGUGAAGGUGAAGAGAGAGACGAUAAAGGCAUGCAUGACAUGCCCUCUUUGUAAUAAGCUGUUGAAGGAAGCUACCACCAUAUCACUCUGCCUCCACACGUUUUGCAGGAAGUGCAUAUAUGAGAAGCUCUCAGACGAUGAGGUGGAUUGCUGUCCAGUCUGCAAUAUUGAUCUCGGGUGUCUUCCUGUGGAAAAACUUCGGCCGGACCACAAUUUGCAAGACAUAAGGGCCAAAGUUUUUCCUUUAAAAAGAAGAAAGGUAAAGGCCGCUGAAAUCAUACCUCCGGUUCCCCCCCCGACCAAAAGGAAGGAGAGAUCUCUAUCUUCCUUGGUGGUCAGUGCACCCAAGGUAUCGAUACAGAGUGGAUUAACCGGCAGACGAACAAAAUCAGUUGCAAGAAGAGCCACUAGUUCGCGAGCAUCCAGUUUUGCCUAUGAGGAACCAAAUAAGAAAGAAGAAGAUUCUAUGGGAGAUUGUGCCAUGAGAUCAAGCUCACCGGAUUCUUCAAAUAAAACAAAUAAAGGGAAGGAGUCAUCUCCUGACAAGCCUUAUGACCGGAAAAAACCUGCUGAAGACACAAAGGAUGGUUUCCAACAAAUGGAAGGCAAAUUCGAUUUAUGGACACCACUCAAUUGUCUUGUUGAGGCUGCUAACAGAACUAAAUCUUCAAAGUCAAAUUCACAUGGCCUUUCUCUUCCGAAGUUGGAGUCGCUUAGUGCCCUUGAUAGGGAGCCUCAUGUGCCGGAGAAGAAAGCCAAGGAAGAACUGCCAGAUAUACCUAAAAGUGGACUCUAUAUGCCAAAAAGUAAAACUAAGGAACAUGGACUCAAAACAAAAUUCCAAGAUGACAAAAAGGGAAUGCCUUUGUCAGGACCAAUCAAGCGUAAAAGGGUGCGAGCAACAGGUCAAAAGAAGGCGGCUGCAUCUGAAGAGUUAAGCACCUCAGCACAACAGUUGUUAGAUGCUUCAAGUGGCAAACACGACAGAAGAAAUCAUCCAAUAUGGUUUUCAUUAGUUGCCUCUGAAGAUCUGAAAGGAGAGGCUUCUUUGCCACAGAUAUCUUCUUGUUACCUCAGGAUUAAGGAUGGCAACGUACCUGUCUCGAUCAUCCAAAAGUACCUGGUCAAGAAACUUCAACUUACAAGUGAAGCUGAGGUGGAGAUACUGUGUCGGGGUCAGCCCGUGCUCCCAACUUUGCACUUGAAUAAUCUGGUCGACCUUUGGUUCCGGACCGCGGCAUCACCGAAGAGGGUGACCGCGUCUAUCGGGACCUCGGCCAAAGAAUUCGUGAUGGUUCUGUCAUAUUGCCGGAAAAUCCAAGCUUCGUGAGAAGAACUCACUUUUCCCCCUUUCUUCAAUACGGAUUAAUGAAUUAACCUGUCGGAAGUCAUGAUUAUGGUCAUAAUGCUCGAUGUCUCCGUCAAUGCAACAAUAUAUGCUGUUUUGUGGCAUGUUAUUACAAGCUCAAAUGGAAUUUGAUAUGUUACUUUUUAAAGACGCUCCCUGUAUAGUGUGAUUGUACCAUUUUCUCAAA